UCAUCACAUGACACAGAGCAGUCACCUGACAUCAGUUUACCUUAACAGGAAGUUAGAUAAAAAUCCAGGAAAAAGACGAGGCAGUAAGUGCAACCACAACACUGACGCCAACACUCUUUAGAUGAGCAUUUUGCAAGUGGAAGCUUCAGGUAAACAGAAAUGGGGCCUUUAGUAACCAAGCUGAUUGCCCUGAUCUCACUGACUGCAGCCCUAGACAACGGGUUGCUGAAGACUCCACCUAUGGGAUGGAUGGCCUGGGAACGCUUCCGCUGUGAUAUUGACUGCAAAGAUGACCCAGAGAACUGCAUCAGGGAGGAGCUGUUCAGGGACAUGGCUGACCGGUUGGCUGAGGACGGCUGGAAGGAACUGGGCUAUGAGUAUGUAAUCAUAGAUGACUGCUGGAUGUCCAUGCUGAGAGAUAAACAAGGCAAGCUGCAGCCUGAACCCUCCAGAUUCCCAGGGGGCAUUGCGAAACUGGCGAGGUAUGUUCAUGACCGUGGACUAAAGCUGGGCAUCUAUGCAGACAUGGGCACUUCUACAUGUAUGGGAUUCCCUGGCACCACACUGGAUAAAAUCGAGAUUGAUGCUCAGACCUUUGCUAGCUGGGGGGUAGACUAUCUGAAGUUUGAUGGCUGUUCCUCAAAUCCUGUAGAACAAAUGUUGGGUUAUCCACUGAUGUCCAAAGCUUUGAAUGCUACAGGCAGACCUAUGGUCUACUCAUGUAGUUGGCCUGUUUAUAUGGGAGGACUUCCACCUCUUGUAAACUACUCUCUGCUGGGGGAUAUUUGCCACAUGUGGAGGAAUUACGAUGAUAUCCAGGACUCAUGGGACAGUGUUCAAGGCAUCAUUGAGUGGUUCUCCGACAACCAGGACGUUUUGCAGCCAGUUGCAGGACCGGGACGAUGGAAUGACCCUGACAUGCUCAUCAUUGGAAACUUUGGUCUCAGUGUGGACCAGGCCCGCUCUCAAAUGGCUCUGUGGGCUAUACUGGCUGCACCGCUCAUUAUGUCUAAUGACCUUCGAAACCUGGACAACAACGCUAGGGCCAUCCUGCAAAACAAAGUGGCCAUUGCCAUCAACCAGGACCCCCUGGGUUUCCAGGGAAGACGCCUGUUAAAGGAGAAGAGUCAUAUUGAGGUUUACUGGAGGCCUUUGUCUAAUUCAGCCAGCGCCCUUGUGUUCCUAAGUCAAAGGCAAGAUAUGCCCUACCUCUACCACACCUCUCUGGCUAAACUCAACUAUACUGCUGACAACUACGAGGCCUAUGACGUGUUUACUGGCUUGAAGGUGACAGGAUUAAAUAUUACCACAGACAUUACAAUCUCCAUCAACCCAUCAGGUGUUGUCAUGUGGUAUGUCUACCCAACUCAACUGUCAAAACAGACCGACAAACUCCACUACCAACGCAAGGAUGUCUCACAAUUCAUAUUCCACAAAGCUAAUUCUGGCCAUCAUACUGUAUUGUGAUGGAACUCAUAAUAUUAUGAGAUAUAUGCAGAGCGCAAAAAUGCUAAACUGUGAUUUUGUAGAAUAAUUUUAAGUGCUGACAGGUGCAAUGAAAGAUAUAACAACUCUAUUUUCACUAAUUGUUGAACAGGUGCUCUUAUGUGCUUUUCGUUGUUAUCAUUUUUUAAAUGUUAUGUUGUGUGGAGGGGCCUUUUCCUUAAAAUUAAUAAAACAUUUCCUUUUCCAUG